AUGGCCUCACAAGAUUCUCCAGGCCAGAUUCAAAAAAUCAUCCAAGAUCCUCUGCCUGGUUCUCCAGAACUUCCAGCUCAACUGAUGCCUUCAGAAAACACCACCAUCUGGAAACAAGCCCAACUUCCUGCCAGUUUACCUCCUGGUCUGGAAUACUUAAGCCAGUUGGACCAGAUAAUUAUUCACCAGCAAGUGGAACUACUCCAAGUUAUAGUUGGGACUGAGACAUGCAGCAAGUAUGAGAUUAAAAACCACAUGGGACAAAGAGUUUACUUUGCAGUGGAAGAAAAUGGCUUUUUUGAUCGUAACUUCUGUGCACCGCUACGGUCUUUCACUAUGAGAAUCACGGACAACACUGGUCGAGAGGUGAUCACUGUGAAUAGACCUUUGAGAUGUAAUAGUUGCUGGUUUCCUUGUUACCUGCAAGAGCUAGAAGUCCAGUCUCCUCCUGGAACCACAGUUGGCUAUGUUGUUCAGAAAUGGGACCCUCUUCUGCCUAAAUUCACUAUCAGAGAUGCAAGCAAAGAAGACAUAUUGAAGAUAAUUGGCCCUUAUGCAACAUGUGGUUGCUUUGGGGAUGUUGAUUUUGAGGUGAAAUCUCUAAAUGACAUGUCAACCAUUGGCAAGAUUUCCAAAUAUUGGUCUGGCUUUGUCAACAACAUCUUUACCAAUACAGCCAACUUUGGUAUUCAGGUCCCUGCAGAUCUUGAUGUAAAAAUUAAGGCUGUAAUGAUUGGUGCUUGCUUUCUUCUAGACUUAAUGUUCUUUGAGAACUCCUUGGAUGGAUUGUAA